GGACGCCGGGCUCGGGGGCGGGGGCGGGGGGCGCGGGCACCGGAGACCCCGGUGGCGGCAGCGGCGGCCGGGGAAAACCGCGGGGCCGGUCAUGCGGCUGUGGGGCCCGCGGCCCGGAGCGUCCGCCCAGCCCUGAGAGAGGCCCCACAGGGCGCCCCCCGCCGCUCAGGAUGAGUCACUGCAGCAGCCGCGCCCUGACCCUGCUGAGCAGUGUGUUUGGUGCCUGCGGUCUGCUCCUGGUGGGCAUAGCGGUCAGCACGGACUACUGGCUGUACAUGGAGGAGGGGACCGUUUUGCCGCAGAACCAGACCACCGAGGUCAAGAUGGCGCUGCACGCUGGCCUCUGGAGAGUCUGCUUCUUUGCAGGUCGGGAGAAGGGGCGCUGUGUGGCUUCUGAGUACUUUCUUGAACCAGAGAUCAACUUGGUGACGGAAAACACAGAGAAUAUUCUGAGUGAGGGGGAGCAGGGAAGGGAGACAGUGCGCACUGCUACACCCUUCCCUAUGGUCAGUCUCUUUCUCGUGUUCACCGCCUUCGUCAUCAGCAACAUCGGCCACAUCCGACCUCAGAGGACCAUUCUUGCCUUCGUCUCUGGCAUCUUUUUCAUUUUAUCUGGCCUCUCCUUGGUGGUGGGCUUGGUUCUAUACAUCUCCAGCAUCAACGAUGAGGUCAUGAACAGGCCCAGCAGCUCUGAGCAGUACUUUCACUAUCGAUAUGGGUGGUCGUUUGCCUUCGCUGCGUCCUCUUUUCUUCUCAAAGAGGGGGCCGGAGUCAUGUCCGUGUACUUAUUUACCAAGCGCUACGCGGAGGAGGAGAUGUAUCGCCCGCACCCGGCCUUCUACCGACCGCGUCUCAGCGACUGCUCCGACUACUCGGGCCAGUUUCUGCAGCCCGAGGCGUGGCGUCGAGGCCGCAGCCCUUCCGACAUCUCUAGCGACGUCUCCAUCCAGAUGACGCAAAAUUACCCUCCGGCCAUCAAGUACCCGGACCACCUCCACAUCUCCACUUCGCCGUGCUGAGGCUGGAGUCCCUCUCUUUCCUCUUCCUCCCUCCCCUUUCCCGCGCCUCACCCAUGAAGCUCCAAUUCGUUAAGGAACUCUUGGCUGAGGGAUGCUGUGCCAUCUUCAGGCUCCCAUCA